AUGAGUGGUGCACCAGACUCUCCGAUACAUUCAUCCAGUAGUGAUGACUUCAUUGCCUAUCUUGAUGAAGCAUUAGCUGCAAGUUUGCCAGAUGCGUCAUCCGAUAAAGAAGUUGAAAAUCAAGAUGAGCUGGAAAGUGUCAGCAGAAUAAAAAGGCGCAAGUUUGAAAGUGACGAGGAAACUGAGGAGUCUACUUCAGAAGGAAGUGUGAAACAGAAUUUAGAAGAAUCUGUAGAAGAUGUGUGUACACAUCCUGGUUCAUUUGGAGACAUGUGUAUACGUUGUGGGAAAAAGUUGGAUGGUGAAUCUGGUGUGACAUUUGGCUACAUACACAAGGGACUGAGACUUCAUGAUCAGGAGAUAUCUAGACUGCGCAGUACAGAUGCGAAUAAUCUGCGUAGUCGUAGAAAGCUCUAUUUGAUCCUCGAUUUAGAUCACACUCUGUUAAAUUCCACUCAUCUUGCUCAUUUAAACUCUGAAGAGUUGCAUUUAAUUCCCCAGGCAGAUUCUGUUGGAGGUGUUUCCAAGAGUAGCCUUUUCAAAUUGGACAAAAUGCAUAUGAUGACCAAGUUGAGGCCUUUUGUCCGCACAUUUCUAAGAGAAGCAAGUGAAAUGUUUGAGAUGUACAUAUACACCAUGGGUGAUCGACCCUAUGCAUUAGAGAUGGCUAAGCUGCUUGAUCCUCAAGGAGAAUACUUCAAUGCAAAGGUGAUUUCUCGAGAUGAUGGCACUCAAAAGCAUCAGAAGGGUCUUGAUAUUGUGUUGGGGCAAGAAAGUGCUGUUGUGAUUCUUGAUGAUACAGAACACGCAUGGGUGAAGCAUAAAGAUAAUCUGAUUCUGAUGGAAAGAUACCACUUUUUUGGUUCAAGUUGCCGGCAGUUUGGUUUCAAUUGCAAAUCUUUAGCUGAAUUGAAGAGUGACGAAGAUGAAGCUGAAGGAGCACUUGCUAAAAUCCUUCAAGUUCUUAAACAAAUUCAUUACAAAUUCUUUUAUGAACUUGAAGAUAUUGCUGAACGAGAUGUAAGGCAGGUUUUGAAAUCCCUUCGAAGGGAAGUCUUGAGCGGAUGCGUGAUUGUUUUCAGCCGUAUCUUCCAUGGAGCAUUACCAUCACUCCGGAAGAUGGCUGAGCAGUUGGGAGCCAUUUGUUUAACGGAACUUGACCCCUCCGUGACACACGUGGUUGCUACUGAUGCCGGAACUGAGAAGGCCCGGUGGGCAGUGAAAGAGAAGAGGUUUUUGGUUCAUCCGCGAUGGAUAGAGGCUGCAAAUUAUUUUUGGGAAAAGCAACCUGAGGAGAACUUCGUCCUCAAGAAAAAGCAGUAACUUAUCUUGUAGCAUCACACACUUUGCUGUGUUCAUAGUCUGUUUAGAUGUUAUAUUCUUCGACUCAUAUAUAUAUAUAUAUAUACAAGUCCAUUGUGUGCAUAUUACAUAUUUUAUAGUUCUUACUUUUGAUGCGAUUUACAUUUUAA